AUGGCAGAGGAGAAAAAUGGCAACGAGCUGAUGGAGAUUGAGGAGGUGGCGGUUUCCGACGGCGGUGCCGCCCGCUUCGCCCCCGUGGAUGUGCAGAGCGGCGAGGAGAAGUACGACGUAGUCUGGCAGGAGACGGCGAAGCUGCUGCGCUUCGACGAGGGCGAGAACCAGUGGAAGGAGCGCGGCCAGGGCGUGGCGAAGAUCCUGCGCAGGAAGGAUGACAAGGGCAAGCUCAUGUUUGUCUUCCGCCGCGAGGGCAUCGGCAAGCUUGGGGCGCAGCACUUCCUCCUCAAGUCCAUGAACGUCAAGCUCCACCCACAGAACGAGAAGGCGCUGCUGUGGAUGGCGCACAAGGACUACACCGACGACGAGGAGGGGUUCCCAGAGAACUUCGUGAUGCGUUUCACCUCCAAAGAGCUUGCCGAGAAGGCGCUCCAGGCGUUCAAGGACGCCAUCGCCGCCUCUUCUGUGUAG